GCCCCUGACGGGGUGGCACGUCCUGACGCUUUUCCACGUCGCAGUUCUGUCUCAGGCGAGCUCGCUGCGUAUGUAUGCGUGUCUCCAGCUAGGCCAGAGAAUGAUGGCGGCGCCCGUCCUGAGAGUGUCCACCCCUCGGUGGGAAAGAAUAGCUAGGCUUCUUGUUUGCCUGUUGGGCAUACUGUUGUCUCUAUAUGCCUUUCACGUCGAGAGGGAAAAGGCUCGGGAUCCGAGUUAUAAGGCUAUGUGCGACGUCAGCAGCUCCAUCAGCUGUUCAAAAGUGUUCAGCUCAAGGUGGGGUAGAGGAUUUGGACUCUUGGGCUCCAUUUUUGGAAAUGACAGUGCACUGAACCAACCCAACAGUGUGUAUGGGAUUGUCUUUUAUGCCUUUCAGCUUCUACUAGGAAUGACUGUCAGUGCAAUGGCCGCCCUUAUUCUCAUGACGACAUCCAUCUUGUCGGUGGUGGGUUCGCUCUACCUGGGCUACAUCCUCUACUUUGUCCUAAAGGACUUCUGCAUCAUCUGCAUCACCACAUAUGCGCUGAACUUCAUUCUCUUUAUUCUCAACUACAAGCGACUGGUUUACUUGAAUGAGGCCUGGAAGCAGCAGCUCCAGGCCAAGCAGGACUAAGCUGUUGAGAACGGCAAGAAAAAUAUGAUAAACAAACAACAACAAAAAAGAAAUGUGACCUCUGAACAUUUGACUUGCCACCAGGAGACCUUGCUUCCAAACAAUGUUUAUUCUGCUGUGUGUUCAAAAAAAAUGAAGAAAUUUAACUUAAAUGUUGGGCCUGACAUCUCAAUGUUGCAAACAUGGAAGGAUUUGUAAGUGAAAGAUGAUUUUCUUUUAAUUUCUUUUUCCUUGUUUAACAUUGUACUCACUUAAGGAAGGGGCUGGCUGUGUGUAUGUGGGGAAACACAUCAACCCUCGCAAGCAGAGGCAGAACGCCACAAUACAGAACGAUGGAGGACAGCUCUCUUUUGAACAAAAAGGAUCGCAGAAUGGAAGAAAAACAGGACAUUAAAGGGGUUUACUUGAAACGGCUAGAAAGGUCCUAUUAUUGCACAGCGGAUCUGCACUAAAACUCGGAACCGAAUAAUGGGUCCCAAAAUUAGAAAAACACUCAUUAGGUUAUCCUACAGUUUGCAGAUAAGGGGGUCCAAAAUGAUUAACGAUUAACAUUUAUACAGAAUACGUUUUUUUCAUGUUUACACUUUGUAGUAUGUUUCUUUUUGAAGAGGACCACUAAUAAUAAACACAAGACGAUGUGAGAUAUUGUGUGUAGAUCAGUCAGAUUGUUUGUUUUGUAAAUAGCUGCUGAGCAAUAUUCCAGGCUAGAUUGUGAUUUAGUGUUGACACAAACCUUUAAGGAAAAAAAACAAAAAAAAACCCCACCAAUAAAACAGGAGAAAACAUCAGUAAAUCUGGAACAAAAAGUGAUCAAGGUCACAGUUAGGUGUAUGAGUCUGAAGAUGUGCUUGGGACAUCUUCCGUCCUGUAACCCUGGUCAGGCAUGCAGUUCAGAGUUGUGUGGAUUAAUUUGUUGUAAGUGGUUAUUGUUUCAUCUGAAGCCACCGACACAAGUCUUUUGAACAGAACUAUAGUUACUUUCACCAAGUUUGCAUAAAGGCACCCUCACUCUUUUUUUCCUUUAUUUUAUGUUAUUCUGUGAAAAGCAUUCCUGACCACCACACAAGUGGGAUCCAUAAAGACUUAUGUGCCUAAAGGAGUGUUAAGGUGAAUUACCUUUUUUUGGGGGGGGGGUCCAUGUUAAAAUCAGUUUUGCGUUUUGCUCGUUUUAUUGUCACAGGUCCAAGGCUUUAUUUUUAUGAUCACGAUUUUGUAAAUUAAGAUACCAGUGAAGUGUUUCUCCCUCCCUAAUAGAGUCUCAUGAGGUAGCAAAGGCUGCUACACUGUGAUUGUCUGCUCAAGGGUAGAGUGGCCUGGUGGCAGAAGCAUCUCUUAUCUUGCUGUUUUCAGUUGCGUUAAUGCUCAUCUGGGUUUUGUUCACUGUCCAGCCUGUCCACAUUUGAUGUCAACUGAACAUUAACAGUGAUCUUGCCAAACUAAGUUACAAUUAAUUUGCAGGAUGUGAACAAAACUUGGGAAGUGACGUGCUUUGUUGACAUGAGCGGCAGAAGCGUAACAAGGCGUGAGAUUCUGUAAGAAAACAAAACAGUAUGUUAAGCCAUAUGUGGAGUUUGUGGGAUUUUUGCUCCAGUGCGAAAGAUAUCCAGGUUGCUGAUGGUUUUCUAAGAUGAACAGCUGCAGACACUGAAGCUUUUCAUUAAGUGGUUGAUCUAACAUAGCAAGGAUUGUAUGGAGAGAGAUCACAGUAUGGGAAAAGCAGCCACAGCUUGUAGUGGCUUUGCUAGAAAUCCACAGUAUUGUCAGUUCAGUUCAGCACCAAGUGACAGAGUAGGACCAUUGUCUCUUUUCCAUCCAGAAUCCACUGAUUCGAGUAUCCUACUUGUCAGAUGCAUGGCACACUGUCUCCAGGCUUUAAACAUAUGUUGGCCAUUGGACAAUCUUACACUCACUGUCAAAGAUGUAGAACAGUCGUAGUAAUAACUGUAAUAAUGUGAUUCAUCUGUGGUGUUAAACCAGCUUGUUAAUAGUUUCCAUCACUGCUAGUCUCCAUGCUCCUUCAUGUUGAAUAGAAUUCAAGUUCUCCUUGACAGAUUUUUUUUUUGUGGAGUGAGGGUUGUUAAAGUAUUGAUGACAGCAACUGCCAGGAAAGUAAUUUCAGUGACAUGCUUCCUGUAAUAACAUAUGCAGUCAUCAUUUGUGUAAGAAAAUGGAUAUUGAGGUACUUUUUUCUCCCCCCAGGAUAUUGUCAAAAUGAAAUUGUCUGUUCAUGCAUGUUGUAACCCAUUUACUACUUAUCAUAUGUUGGCUGUGUUACGUCACUGUUACCCAUUUCCCAAAGUAUAACGAUUGUUAUAUAUUUAAAGUAGUUUGUCCUACGUUCCAGGCAGACAGUUUCCAUUCGUUUCACUAUGGGAUGAUAUAAACUUUAAGAGACGCUUCCAUCACUUAAUCCUUCACAGUGAAGAUCAUAUACAUAUUCACUAUGUCAAUAUUUGUCCUUUGGGUCUGAGUAACAACAGUAUAACUGAUAAAUGUGAUGCAGUUUGGCAAGCUACUAGCCAAAUCUAGACUUCAGUUUCAGUAUGGAUAACCUGACUUCGAGUAUGCCACUGAUUUAGCAUUGCACUCCUAUGACAUUUAUUCCAAAUCGAUGCAGCAAAACCAGAGAUUUCUUUAUUAUUCCACACAUUCUUCUUUCUUGUCAAAACAUGGCGCCUACAUUACCCAUAAUGCAACUCGACCGCCUACAGUUCGGUUCGGAAAUUUGGGUGUGUUAUGCUAAUAGUGACUAAUGUAGCCUCGAGCCUCAAGCAGAGAUGAGGAGCGGGCUGCAGAGGUCUGGUAAGCUUAGUUCUUUGUGACUCCACACCUCCAGAUUGACUCACACAGAUCCCUCUGGAGCCACAAAAGGCUUUAUACAGCUUUUUUCCACAUAUGCAGUAGUACUGCCCGUGACCUGUAAACAGACUGAUGUGUAAAAUUGACGGAGUUCCCCUUUAAGCAAAUUUCAAAUCUUUGUGAGUGGAUUUUCAUGUCAUACAGAAAAGAAUGGGAACUAAUGGUGCCUGGAAGGGAAACUCAUUUAAACACUAUGGAAAAUGGUUGGCAGUUACGUUACGUUGACAUAAUUGGUAGUAAACUGGCAGAAACCUGCGAGCACCAGUACAGUCAUUUUAACAAACUGUAUGGUAGGAUGAUUUAAAUGUUUGCAUAAUUUCUUAGCAAGUCAUCUUUAAGAUCUUUCUUAUAAAGCAUUGCCUUGUCAGGCUCUUAUCAGGUUCUUUUUCAUCUCAACUCGGAAUGAGAUCAACAACCACUGUUUUGUCCUUUUUCUGGGAACGCCUGUGCACUUACAUAGAGACAAGUCUCCUAUGGAUUCACUUGCACAAGUCAAAUUUUUUAUUUAGAGAAGUCAAACUGACAACUUGCUAGUUUUUGCAACAACAGAAAACUACCAUAGAACUGACAAGUAUACAGUAGAUAGCCUAGUAUUAAGUUCAUGAUUCCAGUCAUAUGCAAGCCUAUUACAAUAGUUGUGUACAGUUACUUUAAAGAAAUGAGUAAGGAGAUUGGCUGUUGAGUCAAAAGUUUGAAGUCUUUGGCUGGUAAAAGGAUCACCGAGUUGUGUGAUGAUUUAAUGUAAAAAAGAUCGAUACUGCAUUCUCAUGAAUAUUCAUUUAGGCCCUGAGGUAUAACUGCCAUGUUAGUUGCAUCACCAAUGCCAACAAAAGUGCCUUCUGUUUGAUCACUAGGCCUUGAGCCAAAGACGAGCAACAGUAAUAGCCUUGUAAAAUGAAAAAUUGUAACUGUAACAGGCACUUCUGCUUGCCUUCCUUAAAAUGUAAUCUGAUAAAUUGGUAAUUCCCAAAGAUUUGAUAUCCAGUAUCCAUGCAAAAAUCAAUUCAGAAAUUGCCAGAAAAAAAAAGCCCUGUCAAAUCAAUGGCCGUUCCUUUUUCCUUCCUGAACUCCACUAUAUAAUUACCAUCUUUAUUUUGUCUAGCUAGGACAUGUUUGUUAGCUAAAAAUACACUCUGUUUAAACUACAUGAUUGUAAUGUUCUUUCUUCAUCAUUAAUUAUGCCCUUUAGCUGUAUAGACUGUUAACAUUCUGGGUUAUUUUAGUUUUUAAAAAGUCGAGGGGUUGGAGGGCUAGGAAUCCAUGUGUCAGCAUAAAAUGUUUAUUCAAUUUCUUUGUGGAGGAAAACUUACUGGGUUUGCUUCUGUAUUGCCAAAUAUGUUUUAAAAUGCUGUAUUUUCUUACAUGGAAAAGUGUUACAUGAAUGGUAGGAGGGUGCAAAAAAUAAUCUGUUUAAAUCCAGCUUACUUUAAGGGAAAACUGUGGAAAAGUUUGACAUAAGAACAUUUUUAAUUGUGUCAUUGUCAUGUGGAAAUGAUCUACCAUUAAAACAUUCCCUCUGAAA